AAUUCCCUUAGCAAUCUACAGUCCAAAACAGACCCUAGAAGCAGUCAGGGUAUUUUCCUACCAACUUUGCAAUGCCCACAUGGGCUAUACGCCGAGCAACUGAGCGGAACGGCAUUCACUGCUCCACGGAGCACCAAUAAAAGAAGUUGGUUAUAUCGAAUUCGCCCAUCAGUGGUUCACAAGCCGUUCGAGAAAGUUAAAACUGAAAACUUCACCAAUAACUUUGCUGGAAUCGAACCGACACCUAACCAAUACCGAUGGCAUCCAUUUCCGCUGCCAAACAAGGAAGGAGUAGAUUUUGUGCAGGGUCUGUACACGAUCUGUGGAGGAGGCGAUGUGGUGUCCCGCACCGGUCUGUCAAUUCAUCAGUACUCAUGUAACUCAUCGAUGACUGGGAAAGCCAUGUACAAUUCUGAUGGGGAUUUCCUCAUUGUUCCACAACAAGGCGAGCUGAAAAUCACCACCGAAUUUGGGCGAAUCCUUGUUGGAAUCCAAGAAAUCGUCGUUAUACCGCAAGGUAUCCGAUUCUCAAUCGCUGUUGAUGGACCAUCUCGAGGUUACGUUCUUGAAGUCUAUGGUACACACUUUCAACUUCCUGAUCUGGGGCCAAUAGGAGCGAAUGGACUGGCAAAUCCUCGUGACUUCGAGACACCUAUGGCAUGGUUCGAGGACGUUGACAUGCCAUUCAAAAUCUACAAUAAGUACCAGGGAAUGUUCUUCGUAGCAGAACAGGAUCACUCCCCAUUUGAUGUGGUGGCAUGGCAUGGGAACUAUGCUCCUUACAAGUAUGACCUACGCAAGUUCAACGUCAUCAACACCGUCUCAUUCGACCAUUGCGUGAGUUUGCCCUCCUUCCCUUGGUUUCUCCUCCAGCCCCGUCCUCCAACAAGAAAUUGUAUGUCAGAGUACAUGGGGCUUAUCGUCGGAUGUUACGAAGCCAAAGAGGGAGGAUUCCGUCCUGGAGGUGGUUCACUGCACUCGAUGAUGACACCGCAUGGUCCAGAUAUUAACUGUUUCGAGAAAGCUUCCAAGGACGUACUGAAACCACAGCGAGUUGCGGAAGGAACAAUGUCGUUCAUGUUCGAAAGUUCGCUGAACAUGGUGAUCACAGAGAAGGCCAAGCAUGAAAAUGUUGAUCGUGAUUACUACAAGGAUUGGCAGAAACUUGAGAAACACUUCAAAUUUCCUGCGUGA